UCUCUCUCUCUCUCUCUCUCUCUCUGCAGAGGGCACAGAACCGCCCAUUUGCCUCAUUCACUUGAGGUUGUAAUAAGGAGCUCGGUCUUCCGCGGAGGGGGAAGAGAGGAGAAAUGGGGAGAGCUCCGUGCUGCGACAAGGCCAACGUGAAAAGGGGCCCCUGGUCCCCCGAGGAAGACGCCGCCCUCAAGAGCUACAUCCACCACCAUGGCACCGGUGGCAACUGGAUCGCUUUGCCCCACAAAGCGGGCCUCAAGCGUUGUGGCAAGAGCUGCCGAUUAAGGUGGCUCAAUUACCUCAGGCCGGACAUCAAGCAUGGAGGCUUCACGGAGGAAGAAGACGCCAUCAUCUGCACUCUCUAUGACAGACUUGGAAGCAGGUGGUCUGUCAUUGCCUCGCAUCUGCCCGGAAGAACCGACAAUGAUGUGAAGAAUUACUGGAACACCAAGCUCAAGAAGAAGCUGAUGGCAAAGCAGGCAAUCAUCUCAGCUCACAACACAGCUCCACCUCCUCCUCUCCUCCCGACAGUCAUCGAAUCCGAUGCUUACAGCAGCAACAAGCUUUCCUCGAUGCCUCUUCAGCAGCCUCUGAAGGUUGUGCCGUUUCCCAUGACGAGCUUGAUCGAACAGCCUCAUGACUCGAGCCUCAGUUCUUCCAUUUCCGUCCAACACAACAGCAGCAGCAACAGUGACUCGCUCCUCGCGGCAAUGAUUGGGUUUGGAGACGCCGGCGACUUACUCAGCGACUCAUCGAACAUGUGGGCUACGGCUGGCCAAACUCUCACAUACUCAUAGCAAAGCCAUCAACCGAUAGCCAGGGAGACAUGAUGGAACUGAGAGGACAGACUGCCAGUUCUUAGUUUGGCUGCUUCGAUCUUUAAACUUGGGGAAACCUCAACUAAUGCUUAUAGUUUGCAUCAAAUCUGAGUUUUAAGAAUGGUGAUGAGACUGCAAAUGCGUGCAUGCUUCUUUCACUUGUCUGACCUACUGCGCAGAUCAGGUCAUGAAAGUUGCAUGGCUUCUACAGCAACAAGAUUCCCUCUUUAAUGCUGCCUGUCGUUUACUAUGACCACUUGUUGUUUGUUGAUUCA